AACAGCAUAUGGCUUUAGACUGACUGGAAAGUUUGCAGAUUUUUUUUUUACAUUAGAGAUUUAUUGCAUGCUUUUUAUUUAGAAUAUUUGGGGGAUUUUAUCUGUCCUGUGUUUAUGAGCACUGCUUAAUUACACUUAUUAAUUAUUUGUUAGGAAUAUUGUUUUGUUAAUAGCGCCCAUGGUGAAUUUGGAGAAAGUCCAGCUGAGCAAGCAGAACGAGACCUUGACAGAACAGUUGUGUCUGCUGGAUAAUUCAGAGGAUGAUGAACACCUCAGCAGCACGCAGACAGACUGUAAACAUGACAUACAAGCUUUUAAUUGUCACAUCCUGAAAAACACAAGCUUAAAGAUCCAAGACAAAGCAAAAGCCCAGAGGAAGUUACUCAUCACGUGUGUUGUGUGCUUGAUCUUCAUGAUUGGAGAAAUCAUUGGUGGUUACGCCGCUCACAGUCUGGCUAUAAUGACUGACGCUGCACAUCUCCUAACGGAUUUUGCCAGUGUUUUGAUCAGUCUCUUCUCACUGUGUAUUUCAUCCAGACCUCCAUCUAAAAAGCUGACCUUUGGGUGGCAUCGAUCAGAGGUUUUAGGGGCUCUUCUGUCUGUUCUUUCAAUCUGGACUGUGACGGCGGUUCUUGUCUUCAUUGCUGUACAGAGGAUCAUCAGUGAUGAUUAUGAGAUACACAGUGAUGUCAUGAUCAUCACAGCUGCAUGUGCUGUAGUUCUCAAUAUCUGUUUGGCAGUGAUUCUCCAUCAAUCUCCAGUCGAUCGGGUUGGUCAUUCUCACAGUCAGACAGAAGAGCACAGAAACACCAGCAUUAGAGCCGCUUUCAUUCAUGUUCUGGGAGAUUUACUGCAGAGUUUUGGUGUUCUGCUGGCUGCCAUUAUCAUCUACUUCAGGCCUGAAUGGAAAAUAGCAGAUCCCAUUUGUACUUUCCUGUUUUCGAUACUUGUGCUCACAACAACCUUCACCAUCCUGAAGGACAUCCUCAAAAUCCUCAUGGAAGGAGUCCCACACGGUGUUGACUUCGACUCAGUGAAUGAUGUUUUGCUGUCAGUGGGUGGAGUCAGAUCUACACACAGUCUGCACAUUUGGGCUCUUACAGCGAACCAAUCACAACUCUCCGUUCAUGCAGUCAUAGAUGCGCAAUCUGACCCACAAGCUGUACUGGUGGACAUGACCAAACUUCUGCAGACUGAAUAUGCAUUCACCAAUAUCACCAUUCAGAUCGAAGCUUAUCCAGAGGACUGACUUGCAAUUUUGACUUGACAUAAUAGUUAAUAUACACAUAUAUGCUCAAUAUUGUAAGUGAAACUCACAUUUUGUUAUUGGUGGACAGUACUGCACACCUGGAAAGAAAGUAUUAUAAAGGGACUUACUGUAAAUAUGAAGAUCUUGGAAAUAAGAGCAUUUUUAGCUUGCUAAUUUUCUAAACACAAGCUCUUGUCUUAAUGACUCAUUGAAUCAUUUGUUCAAAACGAAUAAUUCAUUACUGCUAUUAUGUAUAAAACGUUGACGCCAUCCAAAAACAGGAAUCAAUCAGUACAGUGUUUCUCCAUUUGUGUUUGUUGAAACAGACAGUACUGUAUCUGAAAUGUAACUUAACCCAAUAUUCAC